AUGAUACGGCGACUCAUCCCCCGAUGCGCUCCUCGCUCGGCGGCGGCCUUCAUUGCGCCGCGGCGGUCACCACUGGGCCUGUUCCAGGCUACGCGCCAGUACAGCGUCAGCCCGGAGGUGGCAUCCCAAACCAAACUCCAGGACAUUGACCCUACCCAGGUGGUGAUCAACAAGACGUCCCAGCCCAAGCCGCUCCUGAAGUCCGAGGACCUGGUCUUUGGGCGUAACUUCACAGACCACAUGAUCACCGUCGAGUGGGAUCAAGCGACUGGCUGGCAAAAACCGCACAUCCUGCCCUACCAGAACCUGUCGCUCGACCCGGCCAGCUGCGUGUUCCACUACGCCUUCGAGUGCUUCGAGGGCAUGAAGGCGUACAAGGACAGCGAGGGCAAGAUCCGCCUCUUCCGCCCCGAGAAGAACAUGGAGCGGUUCAACAAGUCGGCCGCGCGCAUCGCGCUCCCCAACUUCAACUCGACGGCCUUGAUCGACCUCAUCGCGCAGCUCGCCAAGCUCGACAGCCGCUUCAUCCCCGAGGAGCGCGGCUACUCGCUCUACCUGCGCCCGACCAUGAUCGGCACGCAAAAGACCCUGGGCGUCAACCCGCCGGGAUCGGCCAUGAUCUUCGUCAUCGCCUCGCCCGUCGGGCCCUACUACCCCACGGGGUUCAAGGCCGUGUCGCUCGAGGCGACCGAUUACGCGGUGCGGGCGUGGCCCGGCGGCGUGGGCGACAAGAAGCUGGGGGCCAACUACGCGCCGUGCAUCGUGCCGCAGCGCGAGGCCAUGAGCCGCGGGUUCCAGCAGAACCUGUGGCUGUUUGGCGAGGAGGAGUACGCGACCGAGGUCGGAACCAUGAACUUCUUCGUGGCGGUCAAGAACAAGCAGACGGGCCAGAAGGAGCUGAUCACGGCGCCGCUCGACGGCACGAUUCUGGAGGGCGUCACGCGCGACUCGGUGCUGUCGCUCGCGCGCGAGCGGCUGGCGCCCGAGGGGUGGAACAUUGUCGAGCGCAAGCACACCAUGGGCGAGCUGGCCGAGGCCGCGAACGAGGGCCGGCUGAUCGAGGCGUUCGGCGCGGGCACGGCGGCCAUUGUGAGCCCCGUGCGGCACAUCAGCUGGAAGGGCCAGCUGGUGAACUGCGGGCUGAAGGAGCACGAGGAGUCGGGCGAGGUCGCGACCAAGAUGAAGAACUGGAUCGAGGCGCGGCAGUACGGCGAUGACCCGCACGAAUGGAGCUACGUGUGCUAG